ACUCCAUAAAUUGCAAAUAUGUGAUUCUCUCCAUUUCUGUUUACCGCCUCUUAUUUAGAAUUUGUUUUGGACUCUGGUGCUUGUAUCUUGCCCAAGGCUGCCUGGUUGUUAGGAGUAAUUUCAACAUUCCAAUGAGUUUGUUCACUUGUUUGGAUUGCAUUCACAUUGGACUGAUACAGUUUCACAUCCCAUGUAGGACUGUGUUUGCAUAGUUCUGGGUUAUAACAAAUAAAUAUCAUACCUAAAAACUUAAAUGGAAUUUCUUUUAAGUUGUUUAUUCUGCAUCAGAUAAUAGUAAGUUAUAGGAGUAAACGAAUUGUGUCUUUUAUAUAUACAAGAUGCCAGGGUACAAAUGGAAUACAAUGAAAGGUGCAGGGAAAAAUGGAGAUGAAAUGUUAUUAAACCUGAUACCUUUAUUGAAAGCGUUACAAUCCCAGCUGGUGGUCUUACUGGAAAGUCAGAUCCCAGAAUGAAACCUAGCUUGAUAGACCAUAAGUUUUGUUUUCCUUUUUGGUUUCCAUGGCAGCCAGACGCUGAGCAUAUUCACAAGAGGCUGCUAGUGUACUUUUAACAAAAUUUUUCAAUUUUAAUAGGCUGGAGAUCUAAAUCACUCCAGAUCAUGGCACUUUAAGAGACUUUAAGUGUGCCUUUUUCAAUUCUUUAAAUUUUAUCCAUAAAAUUGAAUUUCCCACAUUUCAGUUAAGGCUGCUGGAACAGAACAAAACAGGGUAUGGUUGAAUUCAUCACCAGUUUCAAAUGGUCCAAGAGAUUAAUGUUUUUUUUCCUUGUUUGUAUCAUUCUCUACCCGACUACUUUGUCAGCAAAAAUGGAAUCUACAAGAAAUAGGGUUUGGAAUUCUCUAUCCAGUCCCCACCUCCCAUUUUUAAUGGUCUGCCCAAGCAUUACAAUUCAGUGAAAAUCUGCACCUCAGAUUUUACUUAUCCACAAAGAAUUACUGCUUGUUUAACUUCCAAUGCUGCAACAGCUGGAACCUAAGGCAUCCAGCUGAACAUUGGGAAGAUUGAAGCCAUUGAUUCCAUCCCCCUACCUGGUCACUGUUUUAGGCUCAACCAAGCUGAUCUCAGCUUCUGCAAUCUGUUUGGCCCUGAUAUAUUUCCAACCUGCCUGUUCUGCCAUAACUUUGACUACGUCCAUGCCUUCGUUAUCAUUAGACUCAAUCAUUCUAUAACUGCACUGGCUGACCUCUCAUCCUCACCCCCUUAUAAACCAGCUUGUCCCAAAUUCUGCUGCUCAUAUCCUUUCCUACGCUAAGUCCCAUUUGUCAUUCAUUGCCUACAUAAGAUUCCCAUAAAUCUUCUGAAUUAAGAUUCUGAUUCUUGUGUUCAAACACUUCCCAGCUCCUCUACCUCUUCAUGACUCCUUGGAGUCACUGUUCAUCUGACUCUAGUCCCUUGUACAUUCCAUCCCUGCAACGCUGACAGCUGCACUCUCAUCUACCUUGCCUUCAUCCUUCUGAUUCUUUCCCUAUAACUUUCUAUUUCUCUAACAUUGUGUCUUAUUUAAGAGUUUCUUUAAAACUCACCCAGUUGAUCAAGCAAUUGAUCACCCUUCCUAAUCUCUUAUUAUUGACUUAAUAUCUGUUUCUUUCUUCACACUUUGGGAAGGACUCUAGGAUGUUUUCUCUAUGUUAAGGGUUGCUUUACAAAUAAAAUUUGUAGUUGGUGUAAUUCUUCAAUGGCACAGAACACAUCCAGAUCAUCUUCAUGACCUGAUUUCUAAUUGUGACUACUUUUAAAUGAGGACUUCUAUGUACAAGAACAUAAAACUAACAAAUUAAUCUUCAUUUAUUUUUAGCUCCAGUGUUGGGAGUUAGCAUAACUUCAGUACCGGAUCCACCUGUCCUAAAAGUACAUGACAAACUAACUCUAAACUGCCUCGUAAAACAAGGCUCUAGUGUGACCUACCAAUGGUACUUUAAUAAACAAGAAAUAUUGUCAACCUCUUCAGUCAAAAUAAACCAAUCCAGUCUGGUUAUUGAUCAUGUUCUUCUUAACAAUACCGGUCAUUAUCAAUGUCAAGCAAGCAACCGAUUCAAUAUGACAACAUUCAAUGUUGUCAGCAAUUCCACAGAAGUAAUUGUUAAAGUUCCAGCAUCGAAUCCUGACAUUUUUGUGGAUGUAAACUUUGUGGAGAAGGAUACCAUGUUCAUAACUAUUAAAUGUUUAUCGCACGAAGGAACCCUACCAAUAACGUACACAUUGUAUAAAAACACAAGCUUUGUGAUGGACUAUAAUGCACAAAGUCGGAGAGAAGGUCAAUUUAUUGUACCCGUACCUUACACUGACAAACUGGGAACCUUCAAAUGCAAAGCUAUGAAUGGAUUUGAUUCAAAAUACAGCAAUGGGCUGGAUGUAGAUUUGUCUGUUAAAUUGACCUCAAAGCCAGAUCCCCCAAUUCAGGGCCACCAAGUCACACUGAAUUGCAGUGUAACUUAUCAAACCAAUGCAAAAUAUACCUGGUACUUUGUGCAUUCAAAAGAGAAUUCAACGGAAAGCACAAAACAGAAUCAACUCACUCAUGUUGCAAACCAUCCUGGAAGAUAUUACUGCUCAAUUAAUGGACAAACUAGCAACUGGAUUGAAGUACUGAGUCAAGAUUCCAGUCUCCAACCAGUGACAAUUGCUGUCAUUGUAGCAGUCACAGCGCUGCUGACUUUGGUUCUCGGAUUGAUUUGCUAUUGCAUUUCUCAGAAAGCCCACAGAUGCAGCAUCAACUAAAUCAUGAGGACAUGGUUCUGCCAUAAAUUUCUGAUAACAUUAUCUUCAUUUGGAAGGCAAUCUGAUCUAAGAAACAAUAUCACCAUCAUGGUCAAUACCUCAUUGAUACUACCAGACAGUGUGGGUCCUGAUGAAACAGACUCUGCUUCUUGAUAACUCUCUUCUUCCUCGGAGGCUGAUCAAUCAGCUCCUUGAAGCUUUAUCAAGAAGUCUUGGUGAAAAUCCACUGAAGCCAUUCUCAGGUGACAAUCAAGACUGGAAUGUGAACUCAAAAAAUAAUGGUCUUGAAUCCUAAUCCUGCAUCACAAUGCUAAAUUAUUUAAAGAAGUUGUAUUCAUUUUGCAGAGGUGUAAGGUUGUACUUUAAGCUUUCAGAUAUUAAACAUCGCCAACAGUCAGCUGUAAGAUAAUGCUUUAGAAUUCACCAACAUUCAUUUCCUGAUGUUCCUCCAUAAUGUUAUAUAUCCAAAGGAGCACAAAGUCUUAUCGUGAGUCUGCUUUCCAAUAUUUGCAUUCAACUAAUUAAGAUUAGUUAAAGAAAUUUGAAAAGAAAAUAGUCACGUUAUUCCCCCAACGCGCCAAUUUUAUUUUCAAACUGUGUAUGUUUGGAGUAACUAUUAAGUUUUUGAAUAAAACAUAAACUGAGCUACAGGGAAAGCAGAUUAGGAUCACAAAGGCAAAAUAAGGAAUGAAGAAGGAACAUAAUGAGGAAAAUGCUUAGAAAACACACCAGUACAUAAAUCAUUUAAUUUUACAUGUUUAAUAUUAAAACCUUGUGAAUAAAGUAUAUCUGGCAUAGGCAUAUGGGUCAAAUGUCUAUCUUCUGUAACCAUAAUAUUCUACGAUUCUAUAAUUUAGAAAUUAACAUCUAUUUUUAUUCAAUUAUGAUUUUAAAAAAAUGUAAAGCAAAGAGCCUUCUGAGCUUUGUAAUGUGGAGAAAGAGUUUGUAAAUCCUAAAGGAUGCAUUUGGGGUUUAUUCUGUUUUUGGAUUUAUAUUUAGCUUUAGUUUUAGUUUGUCCUUUAGUGUUAAACAUUAAGUUAUGUCAACAAGAAAAAAUAAGUGGUUCCAAUUUUUUUUAGCAUGGUUUUUCCUAUUUUGGGUUAGAACUGUAUCAUGUUGAUUUUCAUCUCAUUUAGCCAAAGUUGAAGCAGUAAUGUAGUUACAUUUGGAUAGACAUUCACUGCAAUGGCAACUUUUUUUUUGUCCUAUUCAUAGCAGACGGUUAGCAAGCAGGUAAGAUGCGUGAUCCCCAGGGAACUCACUUGUUGCUCAUCUGCAUUAAGCAGCCCAUGCCAAAAAUGGUAAGAAUGCAGCUGUAUUACACUGAGAAACUUAGAGAAUACUGAAUGGCCUGGACAGAGUGGAUGUUGGGAAGAUGUUUUCAUUUGUAGGAGAGACUAGGACCCGAGGGCGCAGUCUUAGAGUUAUGGGAAGACCUGUAAGAAUGGAGAUAAGGAGAAACCUCUUCAGCCAGAGAGGGGUGAAUCUAUGGAAUUCACUGCCACAGAAGGCUGUGGAGGCCAGGUCAUUGAGUACAUUUAAGACCGAGAUAGAUAGGUUCUUAAUUGUCAAGGGGAUCAAGGGUUACGGGGAGAAAGCGGGAGAAUGAGGUUGAGGAACUUAUCAGCCCUGAUUGAGUCUGCUCUGCCAUUCAAUGGGCUGAAUGGUCUAAUUUCUGCUCCUAUGUCUUAUGGUCUCAUUCCACAUUAGAUUGCUCAGGAUCGGUUAUCUGCCAUUAAAACCAUUUAACAUGUUACGAUCAAAUGUUUUGUUACAAAAGCUGUUUUUAUAUUGAAAAAGGCUUUGCCUUUGAUGCUAUGUCUCCAAUCACUGAAGGAGGUUUCCUAUCUAUUCGUUGCGAUGGUGAUGUAAAAUGUCACGACUACGUAAAGCGUUUGUUUUUGUAAUUGUUUAAGCAGAGCUGUUACAUCACUUUCAAAGUAGGGUAGAAUUCAGCAGUGUGAGAAAGAUUGUGAAUUAUCUUGUUGCUAUUAGACUAAAUGUGUUUUGAUACUGGAUUCUACAGAAAUAAUUUCAGCUUAUUUGCUCUCUGUAUAUGUGAGGCUGUAUUUAAAAAGGCCACAGUGUCCAUUAUUAGAAAAUAUAAGAGACAAGAGUUCAAGAUUAGCCUAAGAUGCUGUUAUAGUGACAAUCAUUCACUUGAAAUGCCACCAAAAUGUUUUGUGUCACUAUCUUUGAAAUACCUGGUAUUUAUGAAUUUCUUUUACAUUUGUCAGCAAUUGGUAAUUACAUAGAGACAUUUCACACUUGUAACACAGAAAUUUUAUAAAACAUCCCUUUGAUAAGAUAUGAUUUCAACUUCUUAAAUGUAUAUGUCUUUUAAGCUGAACUUUCUUUUUGUAAAAUGUACUUCAACUUUCUGUGACAUGCAAUUUAUUUUCAAUUACAUACUGGAUGAAAACUAGUUUCUAGAAUUGGCAAAUUAUAUCUAGUUGCUUUUUUUUAAUAAUAUCAACUCUUCUAUCUACUAUAACUCAGGUGUUAUUCCCAAUGCUAGAAGGUAUGCGUUCAAUUCCCAAUUACCCAGACCAUGUGUCAUAAUAUGUCUGUACAGAUUGAUUAAAAACAAUUCUCAUUUGCUGUGCUUCCUGUGGUGUGCAUUUCUGGGCAGCAGAGGACAGCAGCGAUGCACCACUUCAAAGACUUUCUCUUGCCCAUUCCCAUAUUUUUAUAAUGCGGGAUUGGAUUGCUUGAUUGUAACUGCAAAAGCACACAGGUGGCCCCAUAUGAUAAAGGCCAGACUUUGACCACAGAAGUAGUGUUAGUGUUAAUGACUCUAUUCUACACACAUGCAGUUAUUUAGGGCACUUUUCUUUCACUGUGGCAUGUACUGUAGCAAAAUGAAGGACUAAGAAAAGCCACAGAGGAAAUGCGACAAUGUUCAAUUCAGCAUUCUUUUCUCUGUACUCAGCCAUUCAUCAGAGUUUUCUCAUAUUCUCGUUACAAAUACAAUUUAUUUUCGAGUUCUCCCUAGCAGUGAGUUUUUUUCAUUUUCCACGUUAGAGUGAAGGCCAUCCAAGAUCAGUUAAAAGUUUAUAUCGAAUUAUUCUAAAAUAUUACCUGUCAUACAUGAUCUAUUGGCUCAUUUAAUCGUUCAUGGAUCCAGAUAUGCGAUGGCAGGCAAUUUAGGUUGCUGAAUAAUUAUAAUUUAAUGGGUAAAAUUGCCAAAAAAUGAAGUUUGUAAAUGUGCUGUAUUCAAGUUCUCCAAUAAAAAAUAAAAAUGUAAAUACAAAUUUUAAUUUAGACUGCAACAUUCCUUUUUUUCUAUUUUGUAAAUUAAUUUCCAGUUCUUGGAUAAUGUUUUUAUUAAAAGAUUGUAUAAUUCUUACAACCCAUACAUAACGUUGCAAAGUGCUGUGAUAAUGUAAGUUUUUCCCACAGAUUAUGUAAAAACACAUUCUGAUAUGUAUCUUUGUUAUAAUGUUGAACAUAUUGAAACAUAAAAAUGGUAUUGUUGUAAUGCUUUUUUAUCCACUGCAUUAUAGAAAUGGUAUUGUUGUAUUGCUUUUUUAUCCACUGCAUUAUAAAAAUGGUAUUGUUGUAAUGCUCUUUUAUUCUCUUCACUCAUUUUCAGGGGUUAAAAUGUAUGAAUGGAAGAUUGUAAUUACAUCCUUGCAUCAUAUCUGCCAAAAUUGUUCAGCCUCAUUGCAUGCAUUUAGACCUUGACAAUAAAGCAUGGUGUUGCAAGUCAUUAAUAAAUUCCAAUCCUGAUUUUCCACAGAA